GAUAGUCCCUGUGAUUCUGAUCCAUGUCUGAAUGGGGGAACAUGUGUUACAUCACCAAUCCCAUCAAUCAAUUCAUUUAACUGUGAAUGUGCUACAGGUUUCACUGGUGAAAGUUGUUCUUUUUUUACAAGUGGUAAGUAAGAAAGGGUCAGUAUAUAUUUUAGGAAUAAAAAUGUUCACAUCUCAAUCACAAAUAAAUUAUCCUUUCCACAGAGAUGAAACAACCCCUAUUUCUUUACCCCACAUUAAAGCAGCCCACUUAUCAAACAUUAAUAACUGCAUAGCUAAGUGGAGGUUGGGUGCUUCCACUAUUGGCAGCCAGCUCCUAGAUGGAGACUUCUCCCAUGGCUGGCAAAUCCUGGCAACCCAACCAUGAGCCCCCACACAGGAAAGGGAAACUGCACUCAUCACACUGAAUAAACAAUGGAAAGAGGGAGGGAAGGGGUGGGGAAAACUGCCAGGACGAUGAGCUGCCACUCCACACAACGCUGCAAGUUCACGCUCAAAGCACAUGCAAGAGCGCCUAAAACGAAGAGCACAUGAAAUUCUGAAGCAUGUGCAUGUGCAAAAAAACCACUGACUACUAGAGAACGCCGAUGCUCUUUGCUGUUAACUCCGUUAAACUGCAUUUAACAGCGUUUAAUUUUAGAGGCUACAUGUUUAUAAGUCAAGGGAUAAACUAAUGAAUCUGUAAUUAAAUGCAUUUCUAGCAUACUGAACAAAAUUACAAAAUUUUACAUUUUCUGUCAAUGAUGAGGGCACUUGUGGUAAGCAAAAGGGUGUGAUUGCUUGAUUCUGAUUUGUUAAUAUUUGCAAAGAAAUGAGGGGCUGUUGUUGAAAUUUGACGAUAUAACUUUGUUGCAAUGAUACAAAUGCCUCCUGUCUUGUUGAAGCCAAUAAUUUUUUUAUUAAAGAACUUACUUAAAAGAGUUAAAAUGAUAAAACCAAAAUAAGUGAAUUGUCAUUUGGUCUAGAAUAUUUGACAGUGGGUUUAUAGAGGUGGCUAAAAUGAUGAACUUGAAAGCCACGCAGUGUUAGCGUUGAUCGUAGCCUUAAUUCAAUUUUUUUAUGGCACGAAAAUGGAGAGGAGAUCAGAAUGUGAGAAAAGCAGCCAAUAAAAUUUUUUCCCAGAGCUAACAAAAUGGAACUCGGAACACUCAGCUCUACGCAAAGACUAGACGACUUCAAAUCUGAAAACGUAAAUGAGCAAAGAAUGAUGUUGAAUUAGUUUUUUAAUUGCCAGAAGCGAUUUACUGAAUUGAAAGUUGGCAAACAAGGUUCUUUUGAUUUUUUUUUUUUACUUUGAGCAUCAUUUGUUCACCGAGACGAUUGGAUGGCUGGUUCAGUUGAGUAACAUUUAUAGUGACAUUGAUCAGAUGUCCUAGAACCGCAACGUGGAUGAUCUGCACAUUAACAAUAGUCUUUCAAAAAGUUUACCCUUAAUGUGAAAAACACGUGUUCACAUGUAACCUUUUGCAGUUAAGAAUUAAAUUACGCUUGUAUUUUUAAUGUUCUAAAAAGAGCCUCUAUUGCUUUACAACUUGGCAAUCUUUUUUAUAAAUUUAAAAAUUAACGUGGAAUUAAUCCCAAAUUGCCCUCAGGCCCAUGUGACUACAUAUGCCAAGUGAGACUCAUUUUGGUUACCACAUUUUCCUUCCAUAAUUAAGUUAAGUUUACAUUAAAUUUUAAUCAAAAAUAAGUUGUACAUUAUGUGCAUAAUUAUACACAAGUUGAGAAAGAAACUUUAUAAAAUAUGGUGAUGUACUUUAUACUGUGAUAGCUUUGUGUCACAGAAUUCUAUGGUAACAUUUAGAUCAACCCGGUUUUUCGUUUGUCUCUCGAUGUAAUCACGUGUGAUGUAGAUCGCGACGUUUCGACUGCAUACUGCUAGUCUUCUUCAGGUUAAAUUGACAUUGGAACAAUAGUGGAGAAUACUUUAUCAGCAGCUGAUUAUGUUCUGUCAAUUUAAGUCACUUUUUCCUGAACUUAGGGUGAGUCAGCCACUUGAAAUUGGGGUAAUGGCCCAUUUCCAAGUUUUGGUGGUUAUUUCCAAAGCUCAUGGGUGGGAAUUGUAAAAUAAAUGGCAAGAGUCGUAGCACGCUCUACUACUUAAUGAAUUGUUCUCUGCAACUCUCAUUUAUCUCCCCAGCUCCCCCACUGCAAUUUUGCCUGGUACUGGUAAAGACUGCAACUAAUUAGCAACUAAGCUUAUGCCCAUUAUCGCUCACCCAGUGGUUUAAGUCUCUAAUACUCCUUAAUUGCGGUAUUUUAAAAUUUUAACUGUUUAUUGUUGUUUUUUCAAUCAGACAUUCGAUGUCACAGCCCACAUGUGAACUUGCUAAAUAUCUCACCAAAUUUUUCUUCACACUGGAGCUUUCACAGAUCAAACCAGUUUAUAGUACAAUCUGAAGUCAAACUGAACUGUAAUUUUUCCUUUGCAACAAUGUUCCUCUGGCGUGUUUACCAACUGGGUGAAGGAGAUACACCACUUCUUUCAAGGAAUAGCUUCUCAGAAUUGCACAUCACUCCACGCUUGUUGCCAGUGGGUGAAUUUUUGGUUCAACUCAAUGUAAGCAUCAAAGGAACAGCAGUGUUUGGGGUCAGUCAGGGUUAUUUCAAGGUGGUGAGUAGCCCUUUAGUUGCUUCCAUUGCUGGAGGAAACAAGGUCGCUAGAGGACUAAAAAGCUCCUUAACUUUUGAUGCAUCCCUUUCAUAUGAUCCUGAUGAGGAAAAUCAACAAUUUUCAGGUCAGUAAUAAGAUAUUAUUUUAAUGUCUGUUGACAAACUUUAAAGAGUCAUCAGGAAAUAGAUUAAGGAUGAAGCCUUGCAUGCAUAGGGAAAUGAAAGUAAGUGUAACCUAUUGGGCAUUCAGGAAGAAUAAAAAUAGUUGUUGGCUCAGUCAAACUGACCGAAUUUUUGCAUUAUUUAUUCUAUGCCAUGCUAUGCGGCUGCCAUCGUAGGCCUCAAUUUUACAUGGCUAUGCAAACAAGGGUCACCGCUGGAUGUUAAUAAAUCAGCUGAAGCAGGAUGUUACUAUAGGGCUGAUGAUGAAGAAUCUGUUGGACAUGAACUUAGAGUGAACAACAGUCUUAUGACAGAAAACACCUCGUACUUCAUAACAGUACAGGUUACAAAGGAUGAAAGGCAAGCUGAGUACACUCAGGAAGUGUUUAUCGUUGCAGGCGAUCCACCGGAAGUGCAAAUCAGGUAUGAGAAAGAUAAGAACCUCGCGGUUGAACUUCACCUGUAAGUUACCGUAGUAUAUGUCCUUUAAGCUUUCAUUAAAUCUUCAAAAUAACCGCGACAAUUUCCCAGAGUAAAUCAUUAUUUACUUUUGUUGGUAAAAUUAGGUUUACACACAUGACAACAAUUGCGUAUCUAAGUAUGCUAAAACAAAAAAAAUCGUCAGCCCAAGAUGAUGUUCAGAACAAAUAAAGAUGUUACUUAAAUCACGAAACAAAGCAAAACGAGCUAGGCUUGAUAAGUACUGUGUACAUCUGUUUCAGAGAAAGAUGGCUUUCAUUAUUGGGGAUGUUCUUUGAUUUUUUUCUUGAGCGAAUUAAACUUAGGACCAGGGAAAAAGUGGUUAAAUUAGAGUGGUGGCCGCUAAUGUAGGUACAACCGUAGAUGUCACAGAUGUCACCCUUUUUAAGUGCAGAUUUGAGUCUGGGUGUCAAGAAGUGAAUCUGUUUUAACUGCGUUACCUAAAUGACCUGUAGGUGUCUUGAAAACUGCGAUGCCAAACUGAACCCAUCUGGGAGAAUGGCUUUACAGGGCAUGUGUACAGGUGCCUCAUGUCAUGGUAACCUUAUCUUCAAGUGGACAGUUUUAAAAGACUUGAAUAACUCCUCAAAUAGAUCUCAGUGGACGGAGAUAUCAGAAGUACAAGAGUUGAUAAGUACUCGAGUUUCAUCAAAAUCUCUCGUCACGAGACCUGGAGUGUUGACACCGGAUACUAGGUAUAAGUUUAUCUUGACAGCACAGCGAUCAGGUGGAUAUCGCGGGUAUUCCGAGUACCACGUGACCCCAAACAGUCCCCCUGUAGGAGGAGUAUGUAACGUGAGCCAUACAUCAGGAGUCGCUCUCAUAACAGAAUUUACUUUUGCUUGUGAUAAUUGGCAGGCUCCAGACCUUCAGUUGCAGUAUGAAUUUAUUUACCUCACGAACAACAAUCUUCCUAAUGUGGCAUACAAAGGAGUUAAAACUAGUUUAACAACCAAACUUCCUGCUGGGGAAAAGAAAAAUAACUUUACUAUCGACUUUCGCGUGAGAGUGACUAACAUGCUGGGAGUAUUUACUGAAAUGAAGACUCCCGUACAGGUAAGAAACGAAAGCGCAAACAGUGUUGCAUGUUCAUCACUUUUUCUUCUGUGCCACCAUGAUAUUCAUUUCAUUCAACACUUCUAUCAUAAUGAGAUGAUGUAACUCUUGUUAACUAUAUGUAGGUUACUGUAUUUAAUUUUAUUUUAGGUCUUAGAACCCAGCAUUGAACAAGCAAACCUCUCAGACAUUGUCAUAAACCUCACAACUGGGGAUGAGAGUGAGCUGAAUUACUUAAUUCAGUCGGGUGACGUGCCACGUGCUCUACAAUUGACGGCGGCUGCCAUUUCAGUCGUUGAUGCCAUUGCACUUUCAAAAACGACGGAAAGUCAAGCCCUGGAGUUGACAGAGAAACGAAUUAUGGUAACGAUUUACUUUGUUGAACGACUUCCAGACUCUUCAUGUGAAACCUCUCAAAAAAAACUCUCUUAAAGGUUUGGUUAUGUACAUUUUCAGUAAUGUAGUUAUCAGAGGGGCAUGGUAAAGGUGCAUCGUUGCCAGCCUGGAUUACAGUUUUACUUACAGUGCAUAGCCGGGUAGGGUUUUUCGGAAACAACACUUCCGUUGCACAGUGCCUAUCUUCGCCAAGAUUUUAAAGUUUGUAAUGGCGAUCUGGUGAGCUGAUAAACUUCAGCUCUGAUGAAGUUUUCCCUCAAGGUUUCAUGAUUACCAAAAAGACUCUUCAAAACACCGUAUUGCGUCUCAGAAAGUGGCAAUUGCCUCUUUGGUUCGCUUUGUCGCUUACCUCUUCAAUUGAGAGGAGUCAAAGCUAUUAAGACCAUUACCUCUGCUUUUUUCAAGGUAAUUUAGUAUUAUCAACUUAGUUGAUAGUGUAAAUUGGCCACAGUCAAGAGUUUCAAAACCAACGUUUCGAGCGUUAGCCCUUUGUCAGUGAAUGACGAGGAGCUAAAGCUCGAAACGUCAGCUUGGAAACUCUUUACUGUGGCCAAUUUACGUUAUCAACUCAAUUGAUAAUACUUAAUUACCUGUUACACUCUCCCACAGACGUAGCCCCACAGUUUCUUUAGAAACUUACCCUCUUUGUUCAUUCGCUUUUUUUUUUUCAGCCGUUUUGAACACUUAAGCUCACCUCGUGUCUUCUUUCAAUUUAUAUAGAUGAAAUCACACAUUAUACAGCUGUUGUCCGCUAUCCCGGUAGAUACAGUCAUUAGAGUUCAGCAAGUGUCAAAUGUGAUUGCCUCUGCCAGUUCGAUCAUUGACGAGGUCACCGUCGAAGCGCAGGUGAUUUAGUAACCAAGCAAUGCUUUGGUAUCAAACGAGGAUCACUUUCUAAGCUGAAAUAAAUAAAAUUAGUGAGUUCAUACUCUGUUCCUUUGAAUAUUUCUCCUACAGAAAGAUGCAACGGAUGCGCUUGAAAAAAUGACUUCAGUUUUGAAGGUGGAGAGAACAGCAGGGGAAAGAUACGACCUGCUUUUGGAUGGUGCAAAGAGUCUUGUUCAUGGUCUUGGUACCAUUCUUAGAGUAGCAUCACAUAAAGCUAGCGUGUACGAUUCGCAUUCGCAGAAGAGGUCUCACAUCAAAGCCUUCUUCAUAACUACAGAUGACCAAUUCUCACGUAAGAGCCGAACGUUAUCAUUCAGGUCAAGAACUUCUUGGCCGUAUUUAUGGGCCAGAAGGAGCGAAAGAGACACUUCUGACGCCCAGCUACAGGUAAAGAACCGUUCAGAAAUACGUGUUCAAAACCUAGGUUGUAAAUGAAAAUAAACCGCAAUAAAGUAAAGGGAUAUUAGACACAAGAUCAAAUCCUUGCCACAUUUCCGGGUAUUAGAGAUAUUUUAAGUUAAAUUUACCUACUUCGCAAAUUAGCGCUCAAAUCGUGAUUGUUAGUUUGAUGGUAAAAUUAUGGACAUUAGAUUGGCACCUCACGUUACCGAAAUGAAAAUUAAAAUAAAUAGCUGUUGUAAGCUAUUAGUAAAUAAUGAUGACAGCGGCCACUGUUUUUUAUUGAUGUUUUAUUUCAGGCUCGAAUUCAGGUUGAAAGUAUACUCAGAGCUUUGAGAGAGGUCGGAAGUAUCCUCUUGUCCCGAACUCUCGUUGGUGAGGAGCAGAAAACACUUACAGCCAACACCAUGUCUCUGUUACUGUUGCGAGAGGAGCCGGAUAUGCUCGAUAGGACUGUUUUGACAGACAGAGGAAAUAGUUUUCAGCUAACUUCAAUAGCCAUCCAGUUGGCUAAUGUUACUCAGUUUGUAGAUAGCCAGGUAGGUACAAGAACUAUUGAUUGUGCAUCACAUAACUUCAUUGCGAAUAUAGCGCAUCUAUUAAACUUGAAGAGCGCGCCGUGACGUUCUGGCUGGUAAGUGAAUUGCCUUUAUGGGUGUGUCCUUUUACAAGAGGCUUCCUCUUUCACACUUCUAAGUUGUCAUUUUGAUGGUGGCGAAAGGACAGUACACUCAGUAUAAUAUAAUAGCAUACACCCGAAAUUUUAAUGAAACAUGUUUUCUUUGAAACAAGGCCACACAAAAUCAAACUUCACCUUAUAUUGUUCGUUAAAUAACGUAUUGUUAACUUCAGUUUUUCGACAUGGCAAACCCUGUUGUCACAAAGCGGGGAAACUGAUACAGUCGAACUUGUAUGGAGUGGCACUGUAUUAAGCGGUUAGUUGUCAAAGUCCCGAAUUUGGUUCUCCUUAAUCACUGUAAUUUUCACCUCUAUUAAGCGAUCGCGGUUACCCUUUACCAAGUCCCAACAGCCUGUUUUUAUUGUUCCACUAGUAGUAUUUAUGAGCAAGAUUCUGUAAAUUUUAGUAAUGGUCAAUUAUGGCAUAAAGUAGCGUUUUGUAUCGUUUUUUUAUUAUAAUAUCCCAAACUAGGGGUCAAUCUGUACUUAAGUGCAGGUUAAAAGCGAUCACUGCACCUUUCCUGUGAGUGGCCGCUAAAUACAGGUUCGACUGUACCUUUCUCAAGACCUAUCCGACCAAUUCUUUGUAAACUCUCGAACAAACUGCUUUGAGUGCCGUUUACUAUUGCAAAUCAUGAGUUCUUUUCUCUAUGUCUGCAGAUGGUAACAACGGACUUUACACCUUUCUCUUGGGACCCCUUAGGCUCAAGAUUGACGACUGCAGUUUCAAGCCUUGAACUUAAGAACAGUUCUGGGCAAUUCCUGAAUACGACAGAACUGACAGCACCAAUUACUAUAAGACUUCAGAACCUCCAGAAAUUCACAAACGCUUCUCAGUCUCAUUUCGUUGGAGCCAACAGAACCGUUUUCUAUAAGGUAAAUGUCAACCAAAGUGGGAUGUCCUUGAUGUUAAAGAUUCGUCCGGAAAGCAAUGAGACAAAGUUUUUAGUGACUGUUAAGUAUGGAGAGCGGUCUUCUGUGAGUAACAGUGACUUGAAUUUAACAAUACCUGACCUUUCGUCUUGCGAUAAAAUUCCAGAUGGUUAUGUCAACUGUUCACGCGAUCCUUACAAAGUCUUCAUGAACCAGGAAUUUGUAGAGAGCAAAGGUCUUGGUUAUUACUUCAUUAGUCUUACAGCCGUGUCAAGAAUUUCUGAGAUCUCUCGAGUUAGACGCUGCUCAAAGCAAUCAUGUGUGCAGUACAAAGAACCACCCACUAAGGGUGCAAGUUUCAUUGUACCUCAGUACUGGGAAGGUGAUGUAAAUUACACCAUACAAGUGAUGCCGGCUGCCUGUCUGUACUGGAACGCGGAAAUAUCGCAAUGGACGUCUGACGGAUGCAAGGUGAAACAUGAGAAGUUAUGAUAACCUUUGUUGUAAACUGUAAACCAUGCGACGUUAUAUCUAUUGAAUAAACCCCCUCAAGCGGCUAUUAUGUCUGCUGAUAAUGUCCGCGGCUGAGACUGUCCGAAAAUAAGGAUUUGGCCAAGAAGCAAAGCUUCGAGGGCACAUGUGAAAUUUGAGGAAAAUCUCUCAGCCAAGGAUAUUAUCAACCUACAUGCCAGAAACCAGAGCGAAAUUUACUUAUUUGAUAACCCUCCCAUUAAUUUUCAGAUCGCUCGUUGACAGCAGAUUUUGUUGACCUUUUUGUACUUUCCGGGGCGGCAUCAGAGAUCAGCUUUCUAAUGUCACGAUUCCUGGACUCGACCAAACGAGUCCGUUUUCUUCCAUGUAAUGUAAUAACGGUGAAUCUAACCGUUGAUGGAAACUGUUUCAUUGCAGGUAAGCGAAGUGACAACUCAAGAUUACAUACAUUGCUCUUGUUAUCACCUGAGUGCUUUUGGUGGUCAGUUACUUGUGGCGCCCACUCCGAUCGAUUUUGAUAAGGUUUUCAUAGAGCUGGUUCGCUUACCGAAUAGUGGAAACUUAGCUGUUACAAUAGCAGUUGGCUGUGUGUUUGGUCUCUAUCUGGGACUGCUGCUAUGGGCAAGACGGAAUGACAAACUUGAUCUCGUGAAGGUAAAUGUAAUUUCUGAUUAAUACCAAUAUGUGCGGCCAAAAAGACAACUGGCCUCUGACUAAAUCGCGGCCAGUGAGCCUUAUCAGUCACACAGCUGAUUGGUUCUUUCUUUGCUAUCCGAUUAAUUUUACUUAACGAGGGUAAGCUUAGUGUUAUCGCGAGCAAAGAAAACUACCCACUAGCCAACAUUUCCAAGUUUGAAUUGCAAUUUUUCAGUCGCCGAAUCUUCUCCGAUCGUUAGGCGAAAUAAUGGCCGAGACUGGCGGUCAAAACUCAAGUUAAAAGGAAAAUGUUAAGUUGAAAAUGCCAACUGAGCCAUUUUUGGGGGAUCAAAAGGAAUGGUGCGAGAAAUGAAAGCUGAAAGGCGACUUCGGUUAUUUGACGCUAGCCAUGCUAUAUGAAAUGCUGUCGAAAUUAUUGAUAGUUAAUUUCAGCUACGGUAGAGCGAGUAUAUAAACACUUUACAGAGAACUUAUUUGUCACUUGAAAAAAUGUUUGAAAUCAAGUGGAAGCUAUAUGUAGUAAAGGUGAACCCUAAACCCACGCACAAGGUUUGCUGAUAGUGGUCAGGAAUAUAGCUUAUUUGCACUCUUAAAUGACGGUCGCAGAUAAAAAUCAUUCCCUUUAUAAAGUCAUUUUAUUCCAUUAUAGUUACAGUUUGUGACCAGUUCUCCUUUCUCCUCUUGAAGGUGGGUGAGAGGGCACUCAUAGGAGUACCCGUACCUUGGUAUCACUUCAUCGAGGUUCAAGUAUUUACGGGCAUCUGGCGAAACGCAGGAACCACUGCCAAUGUUUUUAUUGUACUGGAGGGAGAGUUAGGUACCAGUCGACCGUACCAUUUGAAGCACGAUUCGUGCAUUCCUUUUGCUAGAGGGAGUAUUAUUUCCUUCGUUAUUUCCAUUCCUGUCGACAUUGGCACCAUAAAAACCGUUCGAGUGUGGCAUGACAACGCGGGAACUAAUCCAUCAUGGUUUUUGAAUCAGAUCAAGGUCAGCGAUCUGUUCAGUAAGAUACAAAGGAACUUUGUAUGUUUUACGUGGCUGGCAGUUGAUAAAGGUGAUGGGUUAAUAGAUCGUACCUUUCGUUUCACAACAGCGGAUGACAGAGGAAUUAAAUUUUCCUCGUAUGUUCAGAACAGAAUUGCUGAAGAAGUCAGUGAUUUACAUUUAUGGUUUUCUGUCGCUGCAAGACCACCAAGAUAUCGAUUUAGUCGCGUGCAACGUUUAUCUUGCUGUCUAGUAUUGUUACUGACAAUUAUGCUAACCAGUGCGAUGUUUUACGAACAUAGAACAGCGAUGGACGACACACAGGGAUCGCUUAGGUUGGGUCGUUUUGUUGUAAACUUCAGAGAGUUCAUCAUUGGAGUGGAGAGCCUUAUGGUUGUAUUUCCUGCCUAUACUUUGAGUGUGCAACUUUUUGCUCGUACUCGAUCCUCGAAUGAGAAUAAGCAAAUGGCUCUCAAAACCAACGCAAGGACGAAAUUUAGCGAGAUGAAACGCGAGUUUUCCCUUCCACGCUGGUUUAUUUGCGUUCCUUGGCUCUUGUGUUUUCUCCUUUCGACUUGUGCAGCGGCUUUUGUUAUCUUCUACAGUCUACAGUGGGGUGCAGAAAAAAGUGAGCAGUGGCUGAUUUCGGUUGCAAUGUCAAUUUUGUUGGACUUAUUUGUAACGGAACCAGCGCAAAUCAUCGUCGUUGCUUUUAUACUGCCUCAUCUUUUCAAAAGGGGACCUGAUAGGUCUACCUGGAUUUCUGACCCUGUAGACACAGAGGUUUACCUCGAAGAUAUUAAAGUUGGCGGGCUAGGCUAUGAUGAGGUCGAAAAAGAAGAAAAUAAAACACCAAAGCCCUUAACGAAGAGAAAAUUACGUCGCGCAAGAGCCGCUCGAAUGAGGGAGAUGUAUAUGUACCAAGCUCUUCGGAAUAUAGUAUCGUACCUACUGUACUUGUUAAUUUUACUUAUUGUAUGUUACGGUGGACGUAGCAAGCAUGGAUAUAUGAUGACAUCUUCUAUGAAGAAUACAUUUGGAGAACUUAAUAUGGUACGUAAAUUACUUCUCAUUAUAGGUUAAAGCUCUCGUUUCAGACCAGCGUACUUUAGUAAGAAUGGAUGCUAUUAACUAAUGAUCUUAACAGAAAUUUGCAGAGGCUCGUUUCUCGAAGGUGUCGGUAACCAUACGGGCAUGGGACCAUAUUUUUAAUCUUAAUCUAGGAACCAGAAUUGUGAGUAUUGACUUAAACAACCAAGAAAUUUGGUUUCAUUUCCUGACUAACUGAUUCUCGAACCUAUCCAUGCCUCGAUCUUGAAUGUGAACGAGACCAACAAAAAUCAACUUUUUGGAGACAAGUAAUUACCAAGACUUUGAAGAAACGGUUCCGUGAAGUAAAUUUAGGAAACUAUCGAAGUAGUUAGAAAAAAAAGCUAUCAAAGCUUCUUUCAAAUAGACAAGUUUCUGUCAGGGUAUUUUCGUAGUUGCAAGGAACUGGUUUUUUACGGCAAAGAUAUAGCUGCAUGAAUGUGUGUCAGCUCAGCUUCAAAUUGCCAAUUUAGACCUGGAACGGUGCGCUAAGCACAUAGGCACAUGAUAGAAUCCCAGGGAAAAGAGCGAAGAAAUGUUUAAAUCCCAAGGAGAAAUCUCGAAAGUACUUUUUAUCGUAUCAAACAAAGUAAGGGAAGUUGCUUUUGUUUGACGUCAGUUACGCGUCGAUAAUCUGAUAGGUCACAAGUAACAACCAAUCACGAUCGUCGAACAUUCAGUCAACUGUAUGAAUAUUUCUUUAAAUAAAAGGGGUAAGAUUCUAAAGAAACUGUGAUGCUGCGUUAAUUAAGUCUUAUCGACUUAAUUACCAUGAACAUUUAAUUGUUUAGUUACUAAUUUCAUCACGCCGAAUAUUUAGAUCUCAAAUCGCUUCAACACAUGGAACUGGCUACGUGACGUUUUGGUACCCGGACUUUUUGAGGACGGAAAAGAUGUAACCUCAAAUAGUUCCAGGCUUUACAUUGGAGACGGCGACGCUGUUCUCGUUGGGAUGCCUCGUCUUAGGCAGCUACGAGUCAAAGAAGGUAUUUUGAAGGAAGUGUUUAAACGAAGACCAAACAAAAUUGCUCCCUGAAUUGAUCUCGUCGACAAACUGAUUUCAGUUUAACUUAUAGAAGCUUCAACAAGGUAGUCAAAAGUUCCUACUUCAAAUCUUGAGUGGAGUAAAAAACUCGCAGAAACCAUGUUCGACUUGACGUGAAGCAGAUCACAUUGAAUAAUUGUCACCAUCAAGUUUGAUUUGAAUAAAUAUAAUUUAUAAAAGAAUCAGUAUCUUUUAAAUUUUGGGUAACCUGCACGGAAAAAUUGUGCUUCAUAAAGGGUACGCAAAAUCAUUUCAGCACAUUAGCCAGCUUCCAUUGAGAAGAGAAAAUGAAUACCUUAAUCAUUAGUCAUCAAUUCAUGAAUUAAUUAGCAUCUCAUGCACGCGAUUUUUCUAUCGUAAGGAUAAAACAAUGAACACUAUGGUCUUUUUCCACUUUAAGGUUCUUGUGAUGUCAGCAUACAGGAAUUGACAACCUCACUCAACUCUUGCGUGGCUACAUAUACAUUCAGUAACGAGGACAAAACCAGCUCCCAUGGAAAAAAAUGGCGUUUGUUUUCCUCAUUUAGGAAUGAGUCACUCUUUAGUCUUCCUCAGGUCUGUCCAAGUGCUUGGCAUUAUUCUUCAGCCCAGCAAACACUAAAUCUUCCCUUAUGGGGAAAACUUCAUCUAUUUAAUUUCUAUGGUGAAGGAGGCUACUUGGCCGAGUUGGGCUAUGACAAAAAUAAUGCACUGAACGUCAUCUCCGAACUAAACCUGUUUGACUGGAUUGACAGAUUUACCAGUGCAUUAAUUUUUGAGUGCGCAGUUUUUAACUCUCAGGUAAAUUUGUUCAGCGUGAUUUGGAUCCUGACUGAGUUUUCGCCAAGUGGUCUCGUGGUUUCUAAUCAUGUGAUUCAUACUAUGCACAUAUAUGACAUAAGUGGGGGCUACAGUACUGUAACCAUAACCUGUCAAUUGUUACUAGUGGUUUAUAUUAUAUACUUUGUUAUCAAGGAAACGAGGAAGAUUAUCAUGGGAAUUCGACUGUAUUUCUCACGUUUUAUCAAUUGGGUGGAAAUCCUCCAGACCAUAUCAGUCAUUUUCUUUCUAAUUGCCCACAUUAUGAAAGAAACAGAGCUCUUCGCUACCACAGCUGAACUUGAGAAAAACCCAUUUCAAUUUAUCAGCUUCGAUUGGGGAGUUGUUCUUCAAGACUUAGAAACGGUAUUUUUAUCGUUACUGAUGUUUUUGAACACUUUGAAGUUGCUGUAUUUGCUCAAAUUCAAUCCCCGUGUGAGGCACUUAUUCUAUGUAAUGAGGGGAUCUGCUCGGGAACUCAUUCACUGCUCAGUUGUAUUCGCUGUGUUCAUGUUUGGAUGUAUCCAUGUGGGAUAUAUUCUAUUUGGGAGAGAACUUUACUCCUUUUCUUCGCCUUUCCUCAUUCUACAGUCUCUUCUUGUCGAAGGAGUCAUCGGUGGCGGAGUGGACUAUUUUAACGAUUGUUGCACAGUCAUUGGCCCUGUUUACUUUACAGCGUUAAAAUUGGGACUUAAUCUCAUAUGCAUAAAUAUUUUCGUUUCUGUUCUUGUUUAUAAUUAUGGCCACAUCAGGGAACUCUCCAGAGGAAAAUUUGGUCUCGGACACCUCGUGAUAUUGAAAAUGAAAGAACUACUGAGUUGCGUGGGCGACCGCUUAGGGGCAAAUGAAGACAAAUCUGCGUAUGAUUUACCGAACACGGUGAUCGAGGAGGAUAUUCUUCCUGAGGCAGCUGAGAUAUUGGCAAGGUUGGAUCGGAUUAAUCAUCUUUUAAAUGUUCACUAUGCCGAAGAAUUUUGUGAAGACCUUGAACUGUUUUCUUUGUGGUUUGAUCUCCACAUGGAAGCUAGGAAAUCCAAGGAUUUACAUGAAAACUGGUCCGAUGUACCAGAAAGUUUUGAGUCUGCUGAGGAGGAAGAUAAGGUGGAGGUAAAGGGAUGA